AUGGGUAAGGUGCCUUAUUUGUCCGAUUCCGAAGCCACGGACGACACUUGCAGCUCAUACGAAAACGGUAGUCGGAAAAAGAAAUUCUCCAUACUGAAAUGCACGACCGGUAAUAUAAAGAAGAAGAAAUGUAAGGUCCACAGCAAGUCGGAACCCGACGACUCUGACUACCGCAGCCGGACUAGGAGCAGAAGCAGAAGUGGUAACCGAGUGAGAUACAAACUACCAGGGAUCCUCAAGCGCGACAAGGACGGAGCAUCUUCAGACGACGACGAAGAAAGCGAAGUGCUAAGACCCAAGUCUCAAGAUAGAUGUCUCGUCGGUCGAGUGCCCAGACCGGCUGGGGCGAAGCCCGGUCGUGGCGGAGGCGUCGCUAUCGUUGUCAAGAGGAAUGUUAGCAACAGAUUUCCAAAUCUCCAGCCCCAAGCAUCGACUAGCAUCCCCAAGCACAAGAGAUCGUCGCGGCGACAGCUUUCCAAGAAGCUGUCUUAUUAG